GGGACGUAAACAGAUCUGUCUACGUGUGGGAUAAACCGAGAUAAUCGUCCGUGUACUAGUCGGAUUUUUUUAGUAUCCUCGUGGUAUCCUGUCGAUUGACUGUGAAAGAUGGCGCGAUGCAUUACGAAUGUGUACGAAUGUAUGGAGAAGUUGCUGGUAUGCUAUCUUUGAUUUUAAAGUAGCCUGAUGCUCAAUCCAUGAUAACUAAGUUAUAAGGAAGAAGUAAUUGUAAUAGUCAACACACAAUCAGCAACUACUUGUCAACGAAGUACCUGAAUUUAGUUGUAAUGGAUCAUGCUGGAACUGUGGAAGAAGCUGUGAAGAGAUUCUACGCUGCAGGGACAAGUGAAGCCCAUUCAUGGCUCUUACAAGCCCAAGCUUCUCCGGAGGCAUGGACUUUUGUCUGGAGCUUGUUGGACCCAACCAAGAGCUGGGAGGUGCAAUUCUUUGGUGCUACCACACUUUAUUCUAAAGUAAUCAAACAAUGGGAACAAGUUCCAAGAAAUGAAUACCCAGCAUUAAAGGAACGGAUCCUAGGUUGCGUCAAACAAGCAGAUGCCCCUAUUCUAGUGCUGUCCAAGCUUUGUCAAGUCCUAGCUGCAGUCUUGGCCAAUAUUCAAGCUGUAGAAGAAGAAUCCAAGGUGGUAAAAAGUUUGGUUGAAGACUUGGUUGACAGCUUACAUUGUGAUUCGCCUUUAACCUUGGAUCUGCUUCUGAGGGUCCUCUCUGCCCUUCCUGGCGAAUUUGAGAAUCGACAAGGUGCAAAGAAAACCAAACUCAGGGAAGGCUUGGCAGUCAGUUGGUCGAGGGUCACCAGGAUACUUCUUGAUGUUUUCUCUAAUUUGGAUCAUGGCCUGUCCGAAAAAGAUGGCCAAACAUUGUUUUUGCACGGACUUGAAUGCACCCUAUCCUGGUUGAAGUUGGGACAACUUCCCUUAGAAACAACAAGUCACAUAUACAAUCAUAUCUUGCGAGCUGCCUUGUAUUAUGCUCCUCGAAGAGAAAUAGCAUCAGACCCUGGCAGUGGAUGGGAGGUAGCUCAGGAAUGUUUAAUUUUAAUCUUGACACAUCCCGAACUUCAUAAAAGACCGCUUUUACUCUGGGGUUGGGCUGAGGGCCUGGUAUGGGCUGCACGUCAAGAAGGAGGGCAAGCUUUUUAUGAAGUAUUGACAGCUAUGGGGGAGGCACAUAGUCGCACAUUUCUGUUAGCCUUGGCUGGGGAGGGUGAUGAGAAGCAGCGCUGGACUUCCAAAGAAUUAAUUGAGCUACUCUUGGAGUGUUCAGAACUUCCUGGUCGCUUUCCCAUUGAUGAAAAGAGCAGCUGUAUUCCUUUUGGCUUCUGGUAUGCGCUCCAAGAUGACUUAACAAUGUUGGAUCCGCCUUUAGAAGCUAGAGCUCCUUUAGCAUUGAAGCCGAUCUACGCUCGUCUUGCUCAAGCUUUGCUACGUAAAGCUACGCUACCGUCAUCGCCGGCAGAGGCUGGAGAUGAGGAUGAAAGGGAGCUCCUCAGAUGUUACAGGCAAGACGCGGCUGAUACAUUGGCCUAUUGUUACAAUGUAUUGGGAGGAGACUUGUUGCAAUUAUUAGGUCAGAGGCUAUGUAAACCUCCAGAAAAUUACGAAGGAUGGAUCCAAGUUGAAUCUACACUCCAUGCUUUCAAGGCUCUUUCAGAAAGUGUUGGUACUCAAGAAACGCAUUACGUUUCCUGUCUCACGGACAUAGUCCUCUCCCGAAUACCUUAUGAGAGAUACCCUGGUGAAGUGCUGUCUAGUGCAUGUACCGCCGUUGGCGCUUAUGCGGAAUGGAUAGGAGAGCAUCCCGACCCGUGGUUGGAAAGGUCUCUAAGGCUCGUUUCAUUGGGGUUGGCCCAAGGACCGAUCACUGCUCCCGCAGCCAGCAUGGCGCUCAAAGACUUGGCCAGAGAAUGUGGCCCACAUUUAGCUCCCUUAGCUCCAGCUAUACUGGAAACUAUUACCAGAACAUUGCCGAAUGUACCACCUGGAGCUGGGGAAGGCCUGAGGUUGAUGUAUGCUGCUGGAAAACUAUUGAACUCAUUAUCGUCGACAGAACUCCAACUACAACACAUAGAGUCUACACUCGGCCCUUGUAUGAGAAGAUUACACGAAUUGUUGCCUCUGUCGCCAUCCAAAGCUCGCGUUGGGGUUGCCAAUCAGCUAAAAAUGGUUACAACCUUGUUGUCGACUUUGGAAGGAUCCGUUGGCAAAGUAGUACUUGACGGACUGCUACCGUUGUUUAGUGAAAUCAUCACAGAUGAUCAAUGGGGAAAGGAUUUUAUGACCUUGGAAGCCAUGCACAUGUGCGCCCAGAGAUCACUGUCAUCUCUUUCUAAUCCAAAAAUUGAUGCGCGUCCGUUACUCCCACUUCUCGUCACAUCUUAUAAGACACGACCUCAUCCAGCAGCCCUGAAUCUAUUACGGCAGCUUGUCAUACUGUUUGGUAGAGAUGCCUGUGAUGUUGUGACUCCUGUUUUUGCAGAGUUGAAUAGUUACACCUUGAAUGGAGUUGCCUCAACUCGAGCGGUUGGGGGUAAUUUAUCCGAAUUGUCAGACUUGUUGGAAGCCUACCUUGCUUUACUCGCUCAAAUAUGCAAGAAGAAUUCUCAGAUACUUUUCAAUGUACCUGAACAGAUUAUUGAAACACUGCGUUGCGGAAUCGCAUGUUUGUCUCUACCGGAGGUCGCUACCACAAAAGCUGCGGGUAGUUUUCUCACUAAUGCUAUAUCGCAUUCAUUGAUUAUGCCUGUUGGACAGGAACUUGUCUGUGCAAUUCUUCGAUGCAUCGGUGGAGAAGUUGCUCGGAGUAGCUUAGAGCCUCACGCAGAAAUUCUUCUGCUAUUAAACAAAAACUGUGGUAAAUGGACUGGUGAAUGGCUUCGGAUAGCACUUGCUGAUGCAGCUGCACCUCCUGUUAGCGAAGAACAGAAAGAUGCGUUUGUACGAGCUGUGCUACGUGAACGUAUCAGUAAGCGUUGGCUUUUUGAAAUACUCAAGAAUUUUAGUCUAAUUUGUCGUCAAUCGAUACCUGGACCCUAGAUCAAUUACCUCCAACUCAAAUUUGACAAUGGCAAUAAUAAUUAUCGUUGUUAGAAAAUUAAUAUAUUAUACAUUAUACAUAAUAGUAAUAUCAACAACAAUGACGACGAUAAUAAUAAUAGCAAGAUUAACAAUAAUAGUAAUAAUAUCAUACAUAAUCAAUACGCAAAACAUUGAUGAUCAUGCUAUAAAUUUGAUAUGCAUUUGAUAAUACAAAGGACAGGCAGUUCCAAUUUUUAAAGCCAUACAAACAGAAAAAGAUGACCUAGGGCUGUUUUCCACACUACGGUUAAUCAUGGACAUGGUUCGGCCCCCAAAUUUUUUAUUCCUGGAUGUACAAUGAUACAACACAAUUCGCGUAGUUCACUGUACUAUGUCACUCGUUAUUUUCACACGGAUGUAUUAUUUUCAUAGUAGCAGCGCGACCCAUUAAUUGUGUAGAUUACUACUAUUAUUAUUACUAUUAUUACCAUCAUAAUCAUUGUCCUCAUAAUCAUCAAAAUCACCAUCAUCGUCACUAAUUGUCUCUCAAAGACUUUGGAAGUAAAAAAUUUUUUUGAAAAAAA